GUUUACAAAAUAUGGCGUCCGGAGACUCAUUCCUCUGCUGAAAGGCGCAAACGCCUUGACCUAAAUCUGGAUAAUUUGCCCAAAGGUUCUGGUAGCUGUAGCCUUGUGUUGGUGAUAAUAUUAGAGAGUUAUGGAGCGCUAUGACACUGUGCACAGACUAGGGUCCGGAGGCUGUGGGUCAGUGUAUCUCGUCAGACACAAAGAGAAUAAGAGAUUAUAUGCUCUGAAAAAGAUUGAACUUGAUGAAAGGAAAAAGACAAGGACGAAAGAAUCUGUACAAAAAGAAGCAAGUAUUUUGUCUCAGCUGAAACAUCCCCACAUAGUAGCUUACUAUGAUUCUUUCUACGAAGGCGAUGACUUUCUCUUCAUCAUCCAGGACUUCUGUGAUGGUGGUACAAUGGACGACAAGAUUCGAGAAGCUGCCAAUAAAAAUAAGUACUUUGAAGAGACGAUCAUUAUGUGUUGGUUUGUCCAGCUCAUCAUGGCAGUUCAGUACAUUCACUCAAAGAAAAUCCUUCACAGGGAUCUGAAAACAGAAAAUGUUUUCCUCACAAAAAGAAAUGUUGUAAAGCUUGGUGACUUUGGGAUAUCCAAGGUGCUGGACCACACUAUAGAUCUUGCCAAGACGGUUGUUGGAACCCCGACUUAUCUCAGCCCAGAAUUAUGUCAGGAUAUCCCCUACAGUUCUAAGUCAGACGUCUGGGCCCUGGGAUGUGUCCUUUAUGAAAUGUGUUCUCUGAAACCGCCGUUUGAUGCACAGAAUCUAAUUAGCCUCUUUAUGAAAAUCAUCAAAGCCGAGUAUGAGAGAGUUCCCGAUCGUUAUUCAGAUGACCUUCACGGUCUGGUGACAGGGUUAUUGGCGAAAUCACCAGACGAUAGACCCAGUGCGAGUGUUAUUGUGAACAUGCCCUACGUGCAGCGCCACCUGGCAGCGUUUAUUGAGACAAAUGAGAUGUUGCGGUUACAGAAAGGGGUGAAAGAUUCUUCCAACCAAUUAUCUCCUCACACGUAUUCCGUAGAGGGCAGCACCAGUAAAUACUCUCCAAACAGUGGAAACACAACUCCUGUCGUAAAGAAGAAGUUAAACAAAUCGCCACGGAAACCAGAAGGGAGGUCACCAAAACAGCAGGACAGCGGAGUCAGUUGUAAUGAUGCUGCCGAGGAGCUGUCCGACUAUUCCGAUGAUUUUGACGACUCUUCCCACUCCGAUUUAGAGGAAGACAUUCCAGAAGAUAUUCAGGAAGAUACUUCCGCAGCACCUGAGGACAAGUUAGAAGGACAGAAUAUCUUCAACAGUCCAGAGGAUUUUUCCAAGAUGGCUGAAGAUGGGUCAGAUGCACAGUAUGCAGAUGAUUUUGAAGAGUACGAUUCUAGUGAGGACUUGGAUCAGAUUGUGACGCAGGCCAGAGUAGCUCGGGGAGUUGCCCCCGAUGACGAAUUCUUCUCCGACGACAAGAUGCUAGAUCACCAUCUUACGCAUACAAGAUUCUUUAAAAAACAGUGUAUAGAUGCCCUAGGAGGCCGUACUAUCACUAACGUCGGAAAAUUGAUCCAGAACGGAACGUUGACAGAAUCAGACUUCAGAAGAGAACUACGGCACACAGUGGGGGAUUCCACAGAAAUCUGCCAUCUUGAUAUUGGUGAGCUUGAUGAAGGCUGAUUGGAGGGUUGGUGUUGCCAUGGAAAUGGAUCGUGGUCAGCUGUUGUUGACUGGAUGUCUGUGAUAUUUGAUGAAAGGCGAUGACAGAUUUUGCUGUGAUACCAACAAUAUAUAAACGUGUAUAAUGAAACUAGAGAAAUUCCCUAAGAACUUGUGUCCUGCCGGAUUGAUAUGUGUAUUGUGGUUUGUCUACUAGGUUAUGAAAUAUUAGUUAAAGUCAGAGUUAGAGGUCUUGUGUUAGUAAACCUCCUUAUUCUGUCACCAUUAUCAGUGAAACUUAUGAUACUGUCAAUAUUUCUUGGUAAAACCUUGUUAUACUGUCAGCAUUUGUCAGUAAAAUUUUGUUAUACUGUCCCCAUUAUACAGUAAAACCUUGUUAUACUGUCACUAUUUGACAGUAAAA